GGCCGAGGCAGCUGAGCGAACUAGCAGAAGAAGAACUCCUCUACACCCUGAGGAGGGCUUUGCUAAGGACUCCGUAACCAUCACAGACGUAGCAGGAGGAGUGCUGUUCUUAUUUCGUAGGGAUCAAAGCAGUGGCUUGUCUGGCGAAGCGACGGUGCAGACAAAAUGUCCUCUUGGGCCAAGUCGUCUGCAGCUGCCAGACGCGCGCCAGCCAACCCGAACGGAAGCGCUCAACAGCUGCGCCUGUUUCGGAGAGGAGCGCCGUACCCCAGCAGAGAGGAGCGGACCGAGGAGCUGAAGGACGCGCUGGAAAGUUAUGAAGAACUAGAGCAAAUUCAAACCUACAGUGGAAAUGUGAAGUACGAGGGAUACAAGCAUCUGCCAAAUGCCAAGCCAGAGAGUAGCAGCCCAGCAGACAGACGUAAAGCCCUGUAUCAGAAGUUCUACAGACAGGUGCAGGAGGAGAGAAAGCCAGCUGACUGUGUGGUCCUCUCUGUCACCAACAAGUGCCUGGAUUACCCCAAAUCGCUAAGCCAGUGCUUGCAGGAGCGUGGCCUGUCAGUGGAAAUGUUCUACCUUCAGGAGGAGUCGGGCCUGACCCGGGCUCUACAGGAUGUCCGCGCAAACGGCUCCCCGUUAUGUAUUCUGGUGGAGCAGACAAACAUAGAUCUGUCCUCCUGCACUGUUAUCAUAUUCUCAGAAUCCCUCAAAAUUCAUCGUAACAUGCCCAAAGACCAAGCCAUGGACUUUGUUGCGACAGAGUAUGGUCGUGGUCUAGCCAAGGAGCACCUGCCGAGGGAUCCCGCAGACAUUGCAGCACAAGCGUCGCAGCUGCUAGAUGACUUUAUAGAUCGAGAUAAGAUCGCACGACACACUGUUUCCUCUGAAACCCGUCAACUUCUGCUGCUGUUAGCUGAGGGAGUGCAUCUCUACCCCGAGGAGCUGGAAACUAUCUCAGAUUAUGUCCGUUGCCGGCUGGAGCACAUACAAGUCUCCAACUCAGAGGGGGAGAGGGAUAAUAUGUUACCUCCAGGAUUAGGGAAACCGCCUCCUCUACUUCCUACUCCACCUGGCCCCCCACAACUCCAGUCUGGGUCCGCAGGUGGUUCUAUGGUGAACCAUUCUACACCCACACCUCUCUUGCCUUUGCCAGGUUCAUACCCCAAAACCAAACCACCCCCUCUGUUGUCCUUGCAUCGACCUCCUGGUCUGUCACUAGGGGCCCCACCUGUACGAGGCCCCCUGCCAUCCUCACACAGUCUGUAUGGUGCACCUUUAUCUCGUGGGCCCCUACUCCCCCAUCCAGGACCCAGGGGCCCACAUGGCAUAAGAGGAGCCCCUCCUUCUCUAAAGAGUUCUCGCACUCCACUUCUGUCUGCUCCAGGUCCUUCUCUUCCACGACUGGCUGGUGGCCGACACUAAAAAGUUACUGUUUUCAUCUAACUCGAUAGCAGAAAUUCCGCGUGUUAUCCUUCUCACGAAUACAAAUAAAAACAAUUACCACAGGAUGGAUUGUCACAGGAUCAAUAUCUGACUUAAGUUAAUGCAUAAAAAACACUGUGGACGUAACCAUGAUAUGGGUCUAAUAUCUAGUGUAUAUUAUUUUUCAAGGUGGUGCUAAAAAUUCCUCUGAAAAAUUGGUAUUGAUUUUUACAUAAUGGUUGUAAUGUUAAUUGCACAAUCGUUCCCACUUUUUAUGGCAUUCUAUUUGUUUGUUUGUGAUUUUGUGAUGUCCAUGUUUGAUAUAUAUAUUCUUAACCCUUCAAACUUUUUGUGGCGAGAGAAUGACUGGAGUUCAAAUGCAAAAUAUUUUGUGUUCUAUCAAAUACGUAUGACAACCAUGGUGUGUUGUCAAUUUGCUGUUUUUUCAGCCUUUUAAAUAACAUUUAAAUAAAAUUUCUUUGCUGUACUCAGCCAAGUAAACAGUUCAGAAUUUAUGACUUGAAUAUUGCUCCAUUAAAACCAGUUGUGCUAUAGUUUUCUAGUUGUAAACUGUUUGAUUUUAACUGGUUAAAAUGUGAAUUGCUCUGGUUUGGUAACAUGCUCAUUUAUUAUACUCUUGACAUUUGUUAGUGGGACGCUGGCCUCCUGUGUGCUGAUAUAAAUCAACAACAGUUUACAAAAACUGUCUAUGCUAUGCUGAUCUCUCUUGAGAAGGUGUGAAGGCUCGAGCCGCAUCUCCGAGAGUGUAGUUUGAUGUGUGUGGUGGAAAUUUUCCAUAAAGAAGCAGAUAAGAGA